AUGAAGAUCUUCUCGACCAGCCACGAUUUCAACUACUCCUGGGACGAGGUGUCCGUCAACAACUGGCGGAAAUACUGUCCCUGGAACGAGAAGACGCCGCAUGUCAUCGCUGUCGACACCAUUUCGCGCCACGUCGACCCUGCCACCGGCAUUCUUCGCACCGAGCGCCUCAUCACUUGCAAGCAAUCCGCCCCCAAGUGGCUGGCCUCGUUCCUCGGCGGCCAGGAGGUGUCGCAUGUCUACGAGACGUCUUACGUUGAUCCCAAGAGCAAGAAGGUCACCAUGACAAGCGUCAACAUGACUUGGUCCGAUCUGCUGUCGGUGCGCGAGACCGUCGUCUACAAGCCCUCCGCAGCCGCUCCCCACGCCAAAACAACCUUCGAGCAGAAUGCUCAGAUCGUUGCGCUCUGCGGUGGUUGGCAGAAGGUCAAGAACAGUAUCGAGCAGUUUACUGUUGAGCGCUUCCAGCAGAACGCCACUAGGGGUCGCGAGGGCUUCGAGAUGGUCCUGGAGAUGAGCAGGAGGGCCUUCGCCCAGGAGCGAGAGCUUCGGAAGAUGCAUACCGCCAAGAUCUAA